AUGCUUCCUGAUGCGACAAUCGACAGAGCAGCUGACAAGCUUGCCGAAUUCCGGAGAGACAACGCCUUGAGUGAGAUUCUCGACCAGUAUGCUGUUCUUGUUGAGGACUACAGACGGCUCAAGAGCGAUUAUGAAGAAGAGCGUGAGGGCAGAGAAAGAUACAAGCAGCUUGCUCGGGGGCAAGAACGCAACCCUUUCGCUCUGGUCGUCGUUGACGGCGAUGGAUACAUCUUUGACGAACGCUUUGUCAGAGAUGGCGAAGAAGGUGGCAGUCGAGCUGCUAAGCAACUAAACGAUACUAUUAAAGAUAGUCUGCGUCGCAAGGGCCUCGAAACAUGCGAGGUUAUGAUUCGCGUCUACGCCAACCUCACCGGUCUAUCAAAGGCGUUGUGCAAGAACGGUCUCGCCGGAGCCGAAAAACGAUCUCUGUCGUCCUUCACAGCUGGCUUCAACAGAUCCUAUGGCCUUGCUGACUUUAUCGACGCCGGCGAACUAAAGGAGAACGCCGACUUCAAACUCAAAGCCAUUCUGCGCCUUUACGCCGAUAACGCUCAGUGCAAGCACAUCUACUUCGCUGCCUGCCACGAUGUCGGCUACGUCUCGGAUCUUACUCCCUUUAGGGGUAACCGCGAGAGAUUCACGCUCGUCCGUACACCAAGCCUGCUCUUCCAUAAGGAGUUUGACAGACUUGGAAUGAACAUCGAAGAGCUUCCCGGUGUGUUCCGCCAUUCACCUCUUACAUACGCCUAUGCCACUGCGCAAACAAAGACGAGUCUGCCUUUAUCCAGCAAUAUCGGAAAGGCUAGCCUUCCAUAUAACAAUACUACAUCAACAAAAGGAGCUGCCAACGAUGGUAAUACGAUGUGUAGCUUUUACAUGCAAGGAAAUUGCCGAUACGGCAGCACCUGCAAGUUCUCCCACAGUGAGAAUAAAUCAUCUAGCCAGAAUAGUACACCUUCGCCCUCCAUCGGUAAUGGCACAAAGACGGACCGCAACUUCUCGAACGAUUGGCGACGUGGUUCUAGUGUAUCCAACGGCGGCAAACUGAGCAUCGACUCGCUUCCAAAGAAGGAAGAUAUCCCAGAUGGUCUAGUGCCCAUAAACGCAGUCGAAGAUCGCCUUGAUGCCUACCUACCCUCCCCCGACCCUGACGCUGUCCGACGCCUCAAAGUACUAUCCCAAGACCGAAAAUUCUGCAAUAACGCGCAGCUGUAUAACUCUUGCGAAAACCCCAAUUGCGAAUACGAGCAUGCUCCGAUCCCCGAGAAUCUGAAACCAGCGCUGGAGCAUCUUUCACGAUCAGUCCCGUGCUCCCGCAAAGGAAGUUGCCGACGAGCAAACUGUGUACACGGCCAUGUCUGCCAAAAGGUUGAUUGCCGUCACCGAAAUGGUGGGAAGGGUUAUUGUCGUUUCCCUGCCAGAGUGUGUACAGCGGAUUACACCGUUAGUGACUUUGUUCCGAGCAGCGAUCCUCCUUUGAUGUCGCCAUCUGUCGACUCGGAUGAUGGGCGUAACGCGGACAACGGAGGGACGGAUCUGUGGGGGAUUUAUCAACCACCACUUGACUGA